UAGUAGAUUCCGUUCCCACUUAUAUAUAAUUUGACGCCAGACCCCGGAUGAAGUCUUUGAGCCUCCGCUCCAACCACGAGCCUUCGCGUCCGCGCCCUUCUAUAAGGCGUCGCCGCCCCUCACACGCCACCACCUCUUUUUCUUCUCUCAUACGCAUACAGGCGCAGACAGGCAGAGAGAGAGAGAGAGAGAGAGAGAGAGAGAGGGAUGCAGUCUCUUCAGCAGAAGGCGUCCGAGUGGAGCGGAGUGGCGCAGGAGGACGCCUUCGCCAUUGACGAAACCAAUCUUUUUAUGAAGCUUGGUCUACAGACAUUCGUGAACCUCUCCACCAAUUUCUAUGACAGGGUUUAUGCUGAUGAGGAGGAGUGGUUUCGUUCAAUUUUUGCAAGUUCAAAGAAGGAAGAUGCGAUUCAGAAUCAAUAUGAGUUUCUCGUGCAGAGAAUGGGAGGGCCUCCCUUAUAUUCUCAGAGGAAAGGCCAUCCUGCAUUGAUUGGACGCCAUCGCCCUUUUCCUGUUACCCAUCAAGCUGCAGAGAGGUGGUUGCAUCACAUGCAACAAGCAGUGGAUGAUGUCAAAGAUAUUGAUGAAGAUUCAAAUGUCAAAAUGAUGAAUUUUUUCAGGCAUACAGCAUUCUUUCUUGUGGCUGGAAAUGAGUUGAAGAAUCAAAAUCACGGAGUCCAAUGUAAGCAUGCUACCAGCAGACAAGCAGCAAUAUAAUAUUCUUAUAAGAACUUCCUAAUUUCAAUUGCAGCCAGAGAACGAUGAGGUAUGUUCCUUCAUCAUCUAUAUAUGGUAUUUAGAUGCUGUAAAAGGAAACCUUGUUGCCCACUUUCUAUCAAAUAAAGAGGCGUAGGCUGGAUAACUCAAUGGAUUAGUUGAGUGCCCCAAAGGCCUCAGAUACCAUCCUAUCCCACUAUUUUAUUUAUUUAUUUAUUUUUAAUAGUGAUUUCUGAGGGUUGGUUUCUUGCUUUGAAUUUCUGUAGUGGCUGCAAGGUAUUGGUUAAGGCAGCAGCAGCAGAGACCCAAUGACUAGGGGCCAUUAACCUCAUUGCUCCUGUUGAGAUGACCAAACAGUUCCUUCUCUCUCUUUUAACUGGAAUUUCCUUCAGUUUACCUGUUUGUGUUGUAGGUUGGAAAUGGGAUAAAUUUAACUCUUUAUUUGAUGAUUUGCAAAGAGUUUUGCAAUAAUAGCUUGAUGGGAUUAACUUCCCCUUACAUCUUUUCGUAA